UGCCUGUGGGGGAAAAACUUUUGUAUGACUAAUACCAAGUAGUUGAUAAUACAAUAUUUGAGAUCUGCCUCCAUGCCAAAGCCAUACAAGGCUCACUCGUGUCAGGGUAUCCGAUAGACGAAGUGGACCCUCGAAAGAGUGCUCGGAUGAGAACAUUGUGUGGACAUCGGUGGAGUUCAGCCUACCAGAAUGAGGACAUGAGGGUAUCGUUGAUUAAAUCAUCCAUCACUAAACAAACUCGUCAUUCCUAUUGGCUUAGAUUGGACCCCGUCUCGUCGUUUUUGAGUGAGAUACGUACCACAUACCUCAAACAGGAGCUCGAAUCCAUCGAAUUUUGAGAUACCGCCAGAAAAUAGCAUCGAUUGAUGAGGUGGAACACUCAGACAUCUUUCGCUCGUCAUCGAGAAGUCGGCCAUAAAAUCUUGAUGUUCUAUUUAGAUCUUCGAAGGCUGUAAUUAAUGAGUCAUUUAAUGGUUUAUCAAGGACUGGGAUAGGUUAUUUACGACUCUAUCGUUCUGUCAUCGAAUUGUAUCGACGUUGAUUGCUUUUCGCAGUUUUCGAAGACGGAUCAACCUAAACAUUGACUAGUCCUCCUUUCAAAUCUGGGUCAUGUUACGUGAAAAUUACAGAGAAGAAAAAAGAUGAUGCUUUGGAAUCUACCAAACGAGCUUAUAAAUCGGAAGGAUGUUGCCGCUACAGGGUAGUAGAAUGUUUUGGAUUAGAUCAAGUUCAGCGUGAUGCGAAAGCAUUCUUAUUUAGACUGUGUGUCUAUUCUCAUAUUAUUCGCAUCAUAAUAUAAUCCUAGAAGCCUCGUAGACUCGCACGAUUUGGUGAACGAAUUAUAUCUACAUAGACCAAACAUCACAUUGUAGAAUACUUAGGAAGUUUAAAGAGACACCUGUAAACUAUGAGUUGCUCGCUCAUUCUGUUGGAGAAGACGUGUUUAACUUGCCAUGAUUCUGUAAUGUAAUGUUCCCAUCGUUCAUCUCAAGAUGUCAUGUCGUUAUACCUGCAACAUAAUGCAUUGGUAACGGAUACUUCGGGAAUUGUCAUUUACUUUCCCUGAUCGUAUAUUUUUUUUAUUGUACGUUUCGCCGAGGACUUGUUUGUUGAUUAAAAUGCCACAAUUUUAAUUCACGAAGAUUAUCAAGUUCUGAUAUCAGGUAAAAGUUCAAACGUGAAGAGCGCAUCAUCCUCAAGACAUAUCUUUGAAGGAUUAAUUUCUCACUUAUUCGGAGUUACCUGUUGGGGAUUCGAACCAAUCAUGAGUCGCCACGAAAGGGUGAUCCCUCUACCAAAUCUCGCAGGGGGGUACUCGCUUACCCUCUCUUCCAAAGAUUCCAACACCCUUGUGAUUCGGCUGGUCCCCGAUGAGGAGGUGGAUACCAGUGGUACCCUUGGCCAGGACACCGGGGGAGGAGGAGGAUGGUAUGGGUACGGGGAUGUCAACGCCAAUGAUAGCUUCGAUAGCGGUUACCAAGGAUACACACCCCCUCGGAAUAGGAACAUCAGCCGGCCAACUUACAUUGGUUUUAAGAACGGACUUAACAAUGGGUAUUACUCCUUACCGAUUCGCAAGAAGAGCAAGGCGGACUACGCCGAUCUCCAGGAAGGGGACCGUGUUCUGUCGAUCAAUGGGAAAUCGGUUAGGAACACUGCCCGCGAUGUCGCCAUGGCAUACAUCGACGAGACCGAUGACUCACUCGACCUCGAAAUCGUCAGAACAAGAAGUGCCAACCCAAGAAUUCAAGACAGACAGAUGAAUCAAGAAAAACAAAGUUCAGACCGGCGGAUGUCGAACAGCGGCGGCGCGGUCCGUAAGGUCACGACGACAACGACACGAAUCAAGACGACUAAAGACGGGGAACGACUGCAGGAGACGGUUACGAAGACCGUGAUGGAAUCGCUGGACGGCGAGGCGCCGAAAACCGUAGCGCAGACGACGACAGAACGCAACGAUAUGGCGGGACCGGUGCGCAAGCCGAUUGGUGGAAUUGAGCACACCGCGCCAAUCAAGAUGGAUCAUGGGAGGCGUACCAGUGACGUCAUCAUCACGCAUCCACAGAAAUCGGCUUCUGAUCGAGCACGGAUAUCGGGCAAUGUAGACAACUCAUCGAGGUCAACAACAUGGCAGUCCACACAGCGACAACCAUCGUCAGCCAAACAGCAACCCAUCUAUCAACAGACACAACCUCAACAACGACAGCAGCCGCAUCAAGCGCGGUUUCAGCUACCGCAGCAACCACAACCGCAGCAAGCGCGGUUCCAGCUACCGCAGCAACAACAACCGCAGCAGAAACCAAAGUCAAGAUUUGAGAUGCCCAAACCAUCCACCAACCCACGCUAUUCGGCUCCGGGUCCGAAAACCGACUUCGCUCUCCAGUACGGGAAACCGUCACCGCUGCAGAAGAGCAAAAAACAGCCGACAUACGAACCGGUCAGCAUUAUGCAGUCCAAGCCUUCCGGUAAAGCUGCCGGGGUCGGACGGGAACUUACGAUCACCUUUGCCAUGCCUGAUGAAAACACAAAGGUGGACUUCGGCAGCCCCCCUCAGUCACCAAGCGGUAUGUCUGUAGAUAGUGGUGUGCCUCCUGAAUCGCCUCUUACACCGAAGAAACAUCUCGAAGAAGAGGAGGAAGAGACUGAUGUCUAUAAAGAUCCUAGUAUCAUCCUUCGCAGCCUUGCUAAGGACCAGCCUGCCGCUGAGCGUAAAGAUCGAUUACAGCGUCCGUACUCGGAACCAGCGGGGCGAGUCAGCGAAGAUCCCGAGCCCGAAGUCUCAAUUGUCGAGAAAAGGCGAGCAUGUAAAACAAUCGCAGAUCUUCUGAUGUUUCCCAAGAACAAGCAGGCCAAAGGCGCAAGGAUGUUCGCCAAGCGUCGGAAGCGCAGUGCCAGGUACACGAUUGAAGCAACCGGGCAGAAGGACUCCGAUGAAGAUAGCGAUGGAUCUUCCACUGGGGAGUCUGGAGCUGCGAUUAUCACCAUCAAGGCCGCUCCACCGCCACCACCACCAAUGUCGAAUGGGGUAAUUCCGAUUCCACCACCGCCGCCUCCUGGAGGAUUCACACAGCGUAUCAAGGUGGAACCGACGAAUUUCAAUGUCAAGUUGAAGAGCAAAGCAAAGUGCGAUCACACUGCGGUGUCGCCGAAGCAGUGUCUGGUCCUUGCCGAUGGUCUCAAGUCACACUCAGGCAGAGCAGCAGAGAUGUUUGAAAAGAGGAGAUUAAGAUCAGAACAAUUUGUCCUUGACGAGUCGACGAUGAAGCAUCCAGCACCAACUCCCUUUAAGAAGCCACCGGGACCGCAGACCUCGGCGAAGCCAGAGAAGAAGGUAUCCCCUUGGGAGGCUGCAGAAAAAUCGCCGUUUGGAUGUAUCACGCAUGCCUUUCCGAAAAAAGAAGUGAAGAUUCCUCCUCCGACUCAGGCCAAACCAAAACCAGUUGUACAGCCACCUUCAGAUCCACGAAUCAAGCCUGGUUUCAAAGCCAACCGCGACUUCCCUAAGUACCCAGGAUCCCAGCAUGUAGAACCAGUACCACUCAAACAAGGGCCAACGCUCCCUAAAACCAACUUUAAGGACUUUAAUGUCAAGCCACGCGGUUGGGGUGUGUCAUCUAAUGGAGAUAACCGAUCUGGGUCCCCGGCUUCGUUGAACUCUGAAGGGUCGAUCGGUAGAGGUCAAGGUCAAACCAGAUCACUUAAAUACAGCGGUGGUUUCAACGACUUCAACCCCAAACCAAAGUCGUUUGGCUUUGAUUCGCCAAGGCAUGGCGCGCUUUCACCAACGGUGUCACUAGCCGAGAGCGAUGAUUUAUAAAUGUACCUUCGCAUCCAGAGCAUUGAGGAUAAACAGAACAUUUGGAUGGGCGAUUUCAAACGAAUUGGAAAUCGCGAAUUGGACUCAUAAUUCGUCCACUUUGAACUUGUGAACUCGUGAAUUUAAAAAAAAAUGUGUUUAUUGAAAAAUAAUUAACAUCUCUAUGUAUAGUGUUACAAGGUCAAUACUAUGCAAUAGAAAAAUAGUUCAUCUUUUAUCUGAUGGAUACGAAUAUUCAUGAUCAUUGUGCAUUAUAAUCCUUUUAAAAAGGCGCUAUAGAGUAGUUUAAUGAUCAUCCUUCAUCGUCUAAAAAGUGAAUAAUUAUCUUUACAUGUCUUUAAUUGAUACCAGCCACAGAAUAUGAUAAAUAUUAAGCUUCAUGCUUUGACUGUAAAAAAAAGUAUGAUAAAUUAACAGGCCCUCAGGGUCUUCCUCAUGAUAACGUCCUUAACCACAGGUCAAACAAAAUUACAUAUUUAGCCAGACAAGAUACAUGUAAAAUGUCAAGUACAUACGUUUGUGAGCGUUUUGUUUAGCCACAAACAUAGGGGCUGUCGUUAGGGUUACCCUAAACUAUUCUCCCAAUCACCAGAUAUAUAUUUAAGAAUGUCUAAAUAUUUGUUUAGAUAUCAAUAUAGAAUAAUUUUGUGGAUUUCCCACGUUGCUAUGAAACAUACAUAUUUAUUUGCAUAAUUCUAUAAAUAAUAUGUGAACUGUUAAUUGACCGAUAUAACUGUAUUAUCUCCAUCGCGCUUAAGCUUUCAAGGAUAAGUUAGUAACAUGCAUUGAUACAUUUUUUCGUGAGUGUACAUAUUUAGUGUGUGCUUGUUCAAGGAGAUUGGUUGUUCCUUGGGUGUGUCUAGAUUUUAUUCAUUAUCUUUGUGUAACUAUCGUGCAUCGGGGGUUUCAAAAUUUCGGUUGCGAUGAGUACAGAAUAUUAUGUAAGUGUAUGUGUAAUCAAGUGUCGUGCAUCUCGAGGAUGGACUAAUCGGCCUUGCAUUUGGCCUCAGAUUGUCUGGUCUCGGUCUUGGCCUUAGUCUUGGUCCCGGUCUUGGUCUCUUCUCUGGCCCUGCGCGCAACACUGUUGUGAUCAUAAUCAAAGAAUGUUAGCGCGGAGAUUGCAAAUCAUCGUGUUUCUUUCUGCGCUACAUUCACCUUAGCUUGGUCACGACUUUUCGUUCUGAUGCGAUGGUAUGCGGUAAAUAACAAAUAAAAGAGGAAAAAUAGAAUACUAUGACUGCUUGAGUAGCGUGGAGCCCGUUAUAAAUUGAAUAUCAUUAUACAGAUUUUUAAUAGAUUAGGACAGUUCAGUCAAUCAACAUUUACCUUUUGUGGGAUACGAAGAAAUAUCCGAUAUGCUUUAACAUCAUGAUCACGAAACGAAAAAAUCUGCUUGAUGGUGAUAUUUAUGCCCUAUUAACAGAUUUUAGCAAACUGCCGCAGUAAAUUUCAGAAAAUUACUUAUUUGGCCAAUGAUAUUGUUUUGUGUUGAUUUAUCUUAGUCUUUGCAUUUGGGAUGAAUAUCAGUAAGGUUCAAUUCAAGCAACAUUGUUUCAAACAGGAACUAUAGAAAUGCACGUUAUCAUAAAAUAUUCAUGUAGUACUUUAAUAAAAAUUUUCUUAAAACAAACUCUAACGUGAUUAGAAUUUUUUGCAAGGCCCAAGCCCGUGAUUAUUUUUAAAGGCAAUUUGAAUGAUUAUGAGGAAAUUCAGAAAUAUAGCUAAAAUAUCAUGUUCCAUCGUGCAAUGGAGUUGAUCGUUGCUAAACCCUAUAAACAAUCUUUCAGAUAUUGUAACAUUAUUGCAUAAUGUGUGUGUGUAUACUAGUCGUGUCCGAGUAUUAUAGAGGCGCUAUUAAUUAAUUCGGACUAUGCACAAUAUGACAGCUUAGUCGUAAAUUUAUUUGAUCAGACUGAAUAUAGUGCCUUUUAUUGGUGAUGAUAAUGAUGCCUUUAUAGUAAAAAUAUAAAGAUGUGAUUUAUAUUUUACGUUCUUGUACAGAUAAAAAGCUCGAGUUUAUUAUUUCAAACUGCACUAUCUUAAAACAAAUGUACUCACUAAAUUAUCAUGUUGUGUAUUUAGAUUCUUGCUCCUAAUUUGCCUAUGGACAUGCUGUACAUUUGAAAAUAAAACAUCUUUAUUUAUUUGCUUUUGAUGCUUGGAAGAUGAUGGUUUGGAAGUAAAUGUUAUAUAAUUUGUAUACAUCACCUGUCUUAUUACGAUACCCUUUGUCUUUGUAAAGCAUAAGCUUGUCUCGAGAUAAAGUUAUAAUUAUUUUAGAUAGAAAUUUAUUUCAUUGCGUCUUGCACAUAAGAAGCAAUACAAGGUUCCUCGUGUGCUUUGACUACCAAUCUGUCGGAAAAAAUACUGUUGUAUGAUGUUGUUCUGCAACAAAUGGCGAUACAAAGCUUUUCUUCCAGUAAUGUCCCAUCCUUAAGUCAUAAUGUCUUCAUUAAUGUAUUUAUGAUAGAUACACUAAAAAUGGUUUUAGCAUGUUUAGAGAGUGGCGUCAAUAUGCCGUCGUUUCAUACUGAAAAACUCCGUUGGUAUUUUUUUCUCUGAAAACCAUUACAUCGGCGACACGGGAUUUUUUCCUCACUUGUAAGUAAAACUUAAUAGCAUGUGAUCAAGCCACGUAGUAAUUAAGAUACAAUUUUAACAUGUAACAGAGAAAGUAAACUCUGAAUUCGUCUUUGUCUUUGGUGAUCAAGCCAAUUUAUGUGUUAUAGUUUUAACGUCAAUAUAGUGAAAUAAAUGGUAAGGUAUGGUAGAACGCACUUUUGUGGAUUAAAACACAGUUUAAAACCGCAGGUGCGCCUCUUUGGAGCCGUUUAACAAUGGGUAUAUCACGUAAAAGGUUUUAACAUAGGGUUCGCAUGGAUAUUGUCGCAUGCCCCACCGUUGGUCAAACAAUUUACCACAGUGUGGACAUGCCGCACUGGGUCCUAAGGCAGAGCUGGAAUAUUCCCUAUUUGUAAGGUUGACAGAUGAUGGUUGGUAGCUGUAUACAAUCGUCUAAUCAAUGUGUUAUUAUGGCAAGUGUGAUGUUAAUCACUUCAUUUAGUAUUUAUCAUGUUUCUAGUUUGAAGGUAAAAGUCUAUUUAUAUGUGCAUCAUAUUCUUUCCGAUAGUGAAUACGUUUUCGAGAUAAAACCAAUGUGAACGAGACAAUACCCAUUUAAGCCAGUGGUGACACCUAAAUUUAGGUUACAAAAUCAUGUUUGGAUGCACGUCUCUAGAAUUAUGACUUCAAAAUGUUCAAGAAACUUUCUGUGUAAUGCCUAUUUUUUAUUUCUUUUGGUAUAAGCUUCACAUUGUGUAGCUUCAUCAUAGCUAGGAGAUUUGAAUCAUUACAGUCGUUUUGAAUUUUGGAGUGAAUAAACUUUGAAGAAA